AUUGUUCUCCAGUACUGAGCGACUCCGGCGCUUUUAGUCGGUAGGACCAUAGAUGGACCAACGAUAGAAACAAAUCCGAUCGUCGCGGAAUCUCAACGAUGACGGAAUAACCGUGAACUAACCGUGAAAACGGUUGUCAGAACCGUCUUCCUGUUCUCGUUUUUAACCCUCGCGGAACCACUGGUGACGCCGUCCUUACUGGUUCUUUGAACAUUUAAAAAAUAAUGGCUUCUGGCUCGCCGUCGUCCUCUCCGGACACUGCGACAGGCUCGGGUACUGAUCCAGCCCGGCCCGACACGGGGGAACCGUUCGGGGGUGCUGGCUCGGAUUCGGACUCUGACUUGGGUUUGGGUAAACUUGACUGUGGCGCGAUGGGUGAGCGUUUGGAAGGCGAGGAGCUGGAGCGGGAGUUUGACUUUGCAGCCGACCGAGUGAAAGACUUGAUCCAGACGGCGAGCAGGGAGCAGCUGCUGUACCUGUACGCCCGCUACAAGCAGGUCAAAGUGGGGAAGUGUAACACACCAAAGCCAGGGUUCUUUGAUUUUGAAGGACAGAGAAAAUGGCAAGCCUGGAAGCAGCUUGGAGACAUGGAUGCAGAGCAGGCGAUGCAAGAAUACAUAUCCUGCGUUAACGUGUUAGACCCUGAAGGAGCCUCAAAGGAAAGACGGGGAGCAGAACGGAGGACCGGCUUUGGAGGAGCAACCGUCAGCUCUCUGUACCAGGAGGAGAUGAUCAGGGAGGAGGACAAAAACAUCUUCGACUACUGUAGAGAAAAUAACAUUGACCACGUCAACAACGCCAUCAGCUCCCAGAAGGUGGACGUCAACGCUAAAGAUGAAGAGGGUCGCGCUCUCCUGCACUGGGCCUGUGACAGAGGACACAAGGAGCUGGUGUCGGUUCUACUGCAGCACAAAGCAGACAUCAACAGUCAGGACAACGAAGGACAGACGGCGCUACAUUAUGAAAGAUUCAUCCAUUCCCGACUCCAUUCCUCAUCUACUCGAGUCUCCAUAACUUCCUCUUCACCGUUCGUGUGUCCUUCGCAUCGGCGUGCGAGUUCGGCGAGAUCGUAGAGCUGCUCCUCAACGCGGGGGCGGACCCAUCUAUCAAAGACAUGGAGGGCUCUCUUCCCGAGGAGGUCACCGAAUCCAGCGCCAUCUCCUCACUUCUGCGCCAGUAUACGGCUCCAAAAGGCUAAAUCCUCCCAACGUACCAGCAGCAUCCCUGAGUCCAGCCCCGCCCCCCAUCAUCUCCAGAGACGCUGUAGUUUGUAGACCUGACAUAAAAAAAGUUUUGUUUCCUUUUAACUCCAGGUUGUUGAGGUGACUUUGACUCUGUAGCUCUUCUGAAGAACAAUAAUUGCACCAUUUGACCCGAGAUGAGGAGCUUUGCAUGAGUCUCCAUCGAUAUACUCUCUGCUUCUGAAGCAUCUCCACUGUAGGAUCUGACUAUCCGACCGUAGAGAUCUUUCGACCUUGUUUAGAUGUUGUACUGAGGCAGUUUUGACAAUUUUCUGUCAAAUAACACCUUUGUUUGCAAUAUUAGAGGAGAGCAUCGUCACUGAGAGGAUUCAUGCAUCACUGUUUGGAUUCGUUUGCUUUAAGUUCCAAAAAGUCUUCAUAAAUAUCACCAGAAAAAAAUCAAUAAACUGUUGCAAAUAACCGUAAAAUACAAUCCACCCUCUUUUACUGUGGAGUCUGCCCUCGGACUUUAGUUUCUGUUCAGUUUGUGUUACAUUUUCAUCUUCUGACGUGUUUCUUCAUUAAAGUCUUUAGUGAAGCAGG